AUGGAUGAUAGUUAUGGACAUCCUACAAAGAAGGCCAAGAUAGAUAGUGCAGCAGGACCUAAAAAGAGGCUUCCUGGGAAGUCACUUGACUACAGUAUGGAAUUGAAUGAGAAUACGAAUUCGCCUAAUACCCACAUUCCAAAUCCAAAGAAUAAAAGACGAGGGGCUCCUCAGAUACUGAAUACAAUCGAAGAGAUUGAUCUAGGGAGAAGAAAAAAAGCCAUUUCUAUAUCGGACCUCAAUACAAUGAAGAAGCAAAGCAAAAAGGCUGGAGUGCAGACAAGAUACGAUAGUGUUAUAGAGCUAAGGGAUGAAUCAGACGUAUCAAUAAACAGUUCCUCGCCGUUAAAAUUAUUACGCUCGAGUCAAGACUUCAAUUUUGAGUCUCCAAAGGCUGGCAAACCUGAGUCUUUACAAAGAAAAUCCGGUUCCGAUGACAAUGGGAUUUAUUGGGAAACCACUCCUCAAUCGGCUAAUGGACCAACUGAUGCUACUUUCAAAAAUGACGAGACAAUAACGAACGAGCUUAAGCUCCCUUCCUCACCUCUGAGAAACGUAGCAAAGAGGAACCAAUCGACGGAUUUGGUAGACUCAUUGGUUGACCCAGAAGUAAAGAGUCUGAUGGAAAAAUAUCGAGGAAAUGAGCGUUUAAAAAUACGGCCUCAACCUUACAAGAGAUACAAAAGCGUGGAAUCAAACGAAAAAAGUGAUACACAAGUCCCUGAGAAGAAACUAUGCAUAAAAUCCAAAAACGACUUGAUUAAGGAGACACAUAAUGAUCAAAUUGAUUUUUCUGACAUGUUGGCUCAAAUCGGGUCAAAAUUAAUGACUUCAGGAUAUCUUAAAGUUGAUGAAUCUGAAAAUAAAGAAUCUCUCCACGAAGAAAUCACUACAAGCUCCAAUACACAUGUUUUGCCGGGAGUAUCCCAUGAAGACGUGCUAGGAACUACUAGCGCCCAUACAGAUUGUUCAUCCAGCGAUGCUUUUAGUGAUGAAAUAGAUGUAAGUGAAGUUUUUGCACAGGCAACUCAAGUUCCAGCGACGCAACCACCCAUUGGUAACAUUGAUAAAAUGUCCUCGGAUGAUCCAUUCAGUGAUGACGACGAAGAUUUAAUGGACAAAAUAGAACUAGGCUUGACACAGAGGCCGGUCGAAGGGUGCCGUCCCAUCACUGACCAAACCGAAGUUGAAGUUUUUGAAACUGAUUCUUCUAAGCUAAUGAAAGAUAUGGGGGCAGUCAGUUUGACAGAGGCCAAAACGAAUAAAUAUAAAGGAAUGAUCAGCUCAAGACUUCAGAGUUUCAGGAGUAACGAUAGUGCAGAAAGUUUACUGAGAUCUUUUCAACUGUUUGAUGAAAACGAAAAUAGAGCCAAAUCAUCAAUACAUUGUGAUUAUAUGAAGAGGUUCCAAAUAAAACAAGUCCAACAAGGAUCUUUUAAAAGAGGUGCACUGAGCCAAAGACAAAUUAUCUUGACAUGCCUCGACGACGAUGAGAAUUUAAUAAAGAUUAUGGUAAGAGAUCACUGGACUGAACUGGAUUUUCAAAUAAAUGAUAUUAUACAUGUGGUGUUGACGCAUGAGGGGAGCAGCUUCCAACUAGUUGACAAAGAUAGGAAUUUGCUGAUAUGGCAUCCAGACAUUCUAAUUUCUGCAACCCGUGUAUCUGAUGCGGUGGAAUGUUCAAGAAGAUCACUAAUAAGUCAUAAGUUCAAUGGACCGGGUGAAGUUUCAAUUCCAUUCAUUAUUGGUAAUAUCACGCAUAAUCUAUUUCAAAAGUGCUUACUCCACCGGUGCACGGAAAAGGAAUUUGUGGAGAACAUUAUUGAAAAGGAACUUGAGGUUAAUAUUCUUGAUAUUUUUGCAGCACGUAAAUCUAAGCAAGAUAUCAAGGAAAUCAUUGAAGAACACUUCUUGUAUAUCAGAGAAUGGAUUGAUGAAUAUAUGGGUAACGGUUGCAAACACCCGCCCCUUGGUGGUUACAGGCCUAAACCAGAGUAUAAAGCUACCAAUAUCUUGGACAUCGAGGAAAACAUUAUGUCACCAAUCUUUGGUAUCAGAGGCCUAAUUGACGUUGUAAUUGAAGCACAGUUGAAAGAUGGAAGAAAAAUUGUUGUUCCUUUAGAAAUCAAAACAGGCAGAGAAUAUUCCUCCAAUAGGGCACAAGCUUCCCUAUACACCUUACUUGUUAAACAAAAAUACAAUGUUAAUUCAUUCUACGCAAGUCUUGCUUACACAAAAAUACAUCAGUGCUACUUGGUAUCUGUAUCUCGAAACGAUUAUAUUGGUUUGGUUAACAUAAGAAAUCAAUUAUCCAAAUAUUUGGUUUAUGCAGUUACCCAGCUUCCUCCAAUUGAAAGCGAUGCUCCUUGUGAACGAUGUUAUAGUAAGGAGCCCUGUUUUAUACUAAACCAACUUGCUGAAAAUGGUAUACUCCCGGAGAACAACAACAUUGAUAAGGCACAAUAUGAUAUUGUGACAUUGGGUUUGGAUAAUGAGAGGUAUAGGUCAUUCUACCAUCAUUGGGACAAGCUCAUAACCAAGGAAGAAGGGUUGGUAAAUUUCUCUAAGACCGAUUUAUGGAAAAAAUCAUCCCAAUUUAGAGAAACUAAUGGGGGAAAUUGUGUUGGAAAUUUAUCCGUAGCCGGCUGUGAGUAUAAUUAUGCAAAUGGUCAAUACGUUUAUAUAUUCGAGAGGGAUCCUACAAUAUAUCCUGCAAUUGUUUCUAGCCACCUUGCAAGAAACGAUCGUGUUAUACUAAGUGAUGACCAAGCAAAUUUUGCAAUAGCUAAUGGAUAUGUCAAACAUAUAAGUGCAGAUGCGAUCGCCAUUGUCACCAAUAGAAACUGGGCACAUUCGGCGUUAAGAUUACCUGGAUUUAAUAAAGAAGCAAACCAAACAUUUAAGUCGGUUUUAGUUCCUAAAGGAACGGAACAUUUUGUCGAAUUACCCGAAUCUGUUAAAGCAAGAACGUAUAGGCUUGAUAAGGAUCAAAUUGCCCAAGGAAUGUCUUUAGCUAGGUUUAAUCUCUUGAACCUAUUUUUACCAGAUGGUGAUAUUAGGACACGUGAACUCCUUAUUGAGAAUGAUAGUCCAAAAUUCAGUAAUAUACCCCAGUUUGACUAUAGUGCUAUAAAAGAAACUCUAAACGCUGAUCAGUUGAAGGCAGUUGAUGCAGUCUCUAAAAUAAAUGAUUAUUGCUUGAUAUUGGGUAUGCCGGGGACAGGGAAAACUACUGUCAUUAGUAGUUUAAUAGACUGUAUUGUAAAAAGUGGUUAUUCUGUUUUGAUAAGUGCAUACACUCACUCUGCCGUCGAUAAUAUCUGUGAAAAACUGAUCAAAAACUCCAGAAAUAGAGGUGAACCGUUAAACAUGUUAAGAACAGGAGUGUUGUCAAAGAUACGUCCUCUUGUUCAGCAGUACUGCAUUUACAGUGAAAAUUACAGGCAUGAAAUCAAAAAUAGUGAUGAAUUUCAGAAAACAAUUGAUCAAUGUCCUAUUGUUGCUACCACAUGUUUAGGUAUAAGCGAUAUUGUUUUUGGUAUGGGUAAGAAAUUUGAUUAUUGUAUUAUUGAUGAAGCUUCACAGGUUACUUUACCUAUCGUUUUAGGUCCAAUAGCAAUGGCUGAUAAAUUCGUUCUCGUUGGGGACCAUUUCCAACUACCGCCUCUUGUUUUACAUCCGGAAGCUAAAGCAGAAGGUUUAGACCUGUCAUUAUUUCAGAUAUUGAAUGAUUCACACCCAGAAAACGUGAUUGAAUUGACCAACCAGUACAGGAUGUGUGCUGAUAUAAUGUCUUUGUCAAAUGAGCUGAUCUAUGAUGGCCGUCUCAAGUGUGGAUCAGAAGUUGUUGCAGCUCAAAAGCUGAUUAUUCCCAACAUCACGGAACUACCCAUCGCCGGUACUUACGUAGAAAGACUCCUAGAACCUGAAAGGAGAGUUAUUUUCGUUAAUGAGGAUGAAGUUCCAACUAUUCAUGAGAUCAGUAGUAAUGAUAAAAUCGAAAAUCCUGGGGAAGCCAAAGUCAUUAACACACUUAUCAAAACCAUGUUGGCUGGUGGUAUAAAUCAAGAAGAUAUAGGUGUGAUGUCCUUUUACAAAGCCCAGAUGAGGCAUUUUUUUACAGCAUUAUCCAAGUUCAAGGAUCUUGAGAUCCUUACUGCCGAUAGAUUUCAAGGUCGUGAUAAAGAUGUCAUUAUAAUCUCAUUGGUCCGAACGGAAGUGAUAGGGGAGUUACUAAAAGAAUGGAGAAGGGUCAAUGUGGCAAUCACUAGGGCCAGAUGCAAGUUAAUAAUCUUUGGAAGCAAAAAGCUACUUGAUGGUUUCGAGCAAUUCGAAGGAUUUAUGGAAAUGAUUGAGAAUAAUGGUUGGAGUUACAACCUAACCAAAGAAGACGUGCAGGGGAUUUCAAUGUUAGAUCAUAAGCUUGAUGUUAUCUUAACAAGUAUAUAUGGCACACAAAAUGAGAGUUCAACCCACGCUUUCGCUGACGAGAGCCAACAAAAUAGUGUUAGACGGUUAGACCUUUCCAGCCGUGCAAUUCGGAGAACGAAGAUUUUGAAGUAUGUAAUUGACAGUUUAUAG